AUGGAUAAAAUAAUUUGCGGAAUUCUAAAGAGUAAUCAUCCAUUAACAGCAAAACAACAAUUACUUGAACAUAUUCGAUCAACAUAUAUUCAAACUCCUUGUUCAACAACAGUUCCAAUAAUUGAUCGUACUUGUUAUUAUAUUAUUAAUUAUGUUCGUGAAUUAACAUUAACAAAAAUGGAUUGUGAUACAUUAACAUUUAGUCGUAUUGGUUUACAAUGUUGUCAUAAUCCAGAAUGUGUUUGUUUAAUAGCUGAACAUUUAAUAAAUGAUUCACAUAUUGAUUUAUCCAUAUCAUUUGUUCAAUUAUUAAGUGAUUGUUUACCAAUUGAAAUUGGUCGACCAUUUUUAGAACGUGCUAUUUUUGAAAGACAUGAAUUAAGUAAUGAAGCAUUACGUUUUAUAUUAUAUUUAAUAACUAAAAAUCGUCAAUUAACAAAUGGACAACGAACAAUAUUUUAUAUAAAAUUAGUUGAAUUAGUUUUAUUUCGUUUACGUACAUUAGAUUAUUCAAUUGAACAAGUUGAAUUAUUUUGUAAACAAUUAUCAUCAACUAUAAAAGAAUUAUGCUAUGAUAAUAAUAAUAAUCAACAAUCAAAUGAUUUAUUAAAUGAUAUUAUUAAUGGUGUAACAAGUGGUUUAUUAACAUGCUUAGCUGAUUCAAUAACAACAAAUGAACCAUCGGCAGCAUUAGCUAAUAUUAUUGAUUUAUUACAAGAAUGUCCAAAUGAAAAUUUACUUGAUUCAUUUAUAUUAACUAUUGAUGAUGAUCGUUUAGUAUUAUGUUUAAAUCGUUUAGCUCGAGUUUUUUGUUGGCCAUGUUCAACAACAAGACCAUCACAAUGGCUUGUUUCAAUUUGGAAAUUAUUAUUUAAACGUGAACGUGAAAUGCUUGUUGCACAUUCAGCAUCAUCAUCAAUUAUUUCAGAACUUAUAUCAAUGAUUGGUAAUCCAUCGUGUUAUCAAAAUGCUAUUCCAGCAUUAUGUUGGAUAUUUGUUAAUCAACCAUUUCAUUUACAAACUUUUGCAAGUACUUUACAAAGUGAAAUUCUUCAACUUGUUCUUAAUAAUCCAAAUUUUCUUAAUGAAAAUAUUGAAAUGAAUAAUCUUGUUGAAAGUGUUCGAUAUGGACUUAAAAAUUUAUUAAAUAAUGAAGAUCAUUUACUUAAUCAUGAUUUAUUCAAUAAUUUACUUCAAGUAACAUAUUUGAUUUCUAGUUGA